AUGUCGUCCGCAAUUCUCGCUGCCGUCCGCUCUUUUUUCAGCUCGCUGUUUCGAGCUAAGCUAGCAGGCCGAGUUGUCCAGGCAAGCAGUCCUAUUAUUAUUGACUCUGAUGGAGUAUAUAUCCGCGCUACUGCCUUGAGAGACGGCAGCAUCCUCGUUGGCUAUGCGGCAACAGAUGGGACACAGCAUGUCCUAAGGACUGCUAGGUCUACUAACGGCGGCCUAUCCUGGAGCCGACUAGGCGAAGUCUACCGCGUAGACAAGAACACCCACGAUUUGGAUAAUGCCUGCCCAUUGCAGCUACCAAGCGGUCGUAUCCUGUAUGCCUUUCGAAACCACGAUCGCCCCAACUCGCAGUAUACAUACUAUCGUAUCACUGUAUGUUAUUCCGAUGAUGGUGGCAGGACUUUCAGUUACCUAUCUACCGUUGCUCAGCGUGCCGCAUCUGGAGUUAACGGGCUAUGGGAACCGUUCCUGCGUGUUGCCAAUAAUGGGACCGUUCAAUGCUAUUAUUCAGCGGAGAAUAGCUCCACUGAUCAAGAUGGCUUCAUGAGAGAGUCAUCAGAUGGUGGUCGAUCUUGGUCAAACCCUAUAUUAGUCUCCGGCUCCGGUAUAACCUCCCGAGAUGGCAUGAUAGGUGUCGCGAAUAUUUCCGGCAAUAACCUCAUCGCUGUCUUUGAGAACACGGAAUCUGGAAAAUUUUCUAUCGACUAUGUACUCUCACACAACGAUGGGAGGAGCUGGGGCGAACGGGGAAGACUGUACACGGCGGCAAAUGGCGGGACAGCAAUCGCGCCGCAAGUAUGCAAUGUCGGUGGCACGCUAGUGGCAUCAUUCAUGACAGAUGAGAGCGUCGGAAGCACUGGUGCUGAUGGCGCCCAGAUGAAGGUCAUUACGAGCACAAAUGGCGGUGCCACGUGGAACAGAGCUGUGGUGACAGGUGAAGUUGCCUCACAUUGGCCUGGGCUAUUUGCUCGAGACUCUACACAUUUCCUCGCGUUGUAUGCGAGGAAUGGACUUGGCGCUGUGAGUCAGCUAUACCAGCUUGCGAAUUAG